CCACUAAGGCGAAUGCAAAUGGCGGUUGUUAUUGUUCGUGGAAUUUCAAUAAUUACGAAGAUUUUUUUACAAAAUAAACAACAAAAACACUACGCGAAAGAAAUACCAAUAAGCUUAAAAUCAAUUAAUAAUAUUCUGUUGACUGCUUGUAUAACUAUAAACUUUGUAUCCGUUCGUAGGUUGUCUUAAUCAGCACCAGAAACUUUGUUCAAUCGAAAAUUGUGACAAGAAAAAUAUUCAAAGUGAAAAGCAAUAUUAUUAUUUCCAAAGCAAUGAAAAAACAACUGUGACACCAGAAUAUUUCACUACAUGCUGUGAAAAGUGCAUUACUAAUUUUUUAAAAACUAAUACUUGCAAUUAAAUGCAGUUAGCUGCUUUUAAAAAGAUUGGAAAAGUCAAAUCAAAAGCAAAUCAGUAUCGCCAGCACCAGCAGAGGAGCGCCCAAUUACUGGACGCCUUCACCCACACUCCACGUUGUCUUAAAUCGGAAAAAUGCGUCGGAAACAGAAGAUGUGCAUGUUAAAGUUAAAUUAAGUUAAAUAACAAAUUAACGUUGAGCUCCUGAAAAACACAUAUGCAUGGGUGGAUGCAAACGAGCAGCAAAAGUGCAGAUAAAGACCAAAAUAAAAACCAAACAGCAAUUUAGUUGGUGCAUACCGUGGAGCAAAAACAAUUUUAAGUGUGCGGGGCGGUAAUGUUAGGACCUGUGUUUUUGUGUCAUAUUCUAUGAAAUUAACAAGCUUACAAUAGUUGAAAAUGCGUGCAGUGCAAACAUGCAAUUGUUUAAAUACAAAGAACGAAACAAUGCGCGUCUUAUAGUUUGGAAAACAAAAACGAAUUUAUUAAUUGGCCACGAUGUUGAUGUCGAUACACAUUCGUGAUUAUAGAAAUAGAAACAGCAAGAAUUGUGUGCGCUUGUACUAAAUGCAAAAUUUGUACAACACUUUGCCAAUUAAAUCUACGACGGGUACGAUUGCCGUGUGAUGAUAUGCCACUUAAACAGCAGCUUGAACCGUCUGUGCGGAUAUCGGUGUCUCUCCCCUGGGAUGCAGCACAACGACUGCGUCAACUGGCCGUCGAGGGCAAUCCCACCCUGCGUGCGCUCGGGAUUCUUUCCGUGCAGCCUGAAGGCGAUUCUGUGAUAGCUUUAAAUGUUGGAGGACAAGAUAUUAAAAUAACAAAAGAUACUUUAAAAGAUGUCGCAAUCGGUGCAAUUGAGGCGGCUGGCACGUCUUCCAACAAAGCCGCCCUCAAUGUUGGCGUUGGCAAUUCGGCGACGACGCCUCUGGCGGCGCCCACCUUCGAUGGUCCCAGUACAAGCAAAGCAGCCUAUACACAACAUCAGCGAAUCACGCAAAUGACGCAAAACGAUGCAAUCUCUAGCCAGCAGCAAUUACAUCAGCAGCGGCGAAAUGUGCUAACGCAGCAGAAACUAAUUCAACAGUCAUUGCCGCCGCAGACACCAUCCUCGCCGUACAGUAAUGCAAAUACGACGCCGCCUGUUUUCAAGUCCCCUAACACAGUGUGUCCCAUGGAAGGCAAAGUGCCUUUGCUGCCCUCACCUGCAGGCACGCUUAAUGUGCCAAGAGAUUUCCCGUUCGAAAGUAUGCGACAGGCACGUGUCCUGCAGGGCAGGGAUACGGCAACAACAGGUAGCAUAAACGCACUGGGCCCACCGCCGCCACCCCCGAUUGCGACUCUCAAUCUGUUAAAUAAUCAAACAACGCAGAACGGCGAGGUUAUUGCAACCACAAUUCUUGCGGGAACCUCCAAUAAAUCUCAGUUCGUAAAUCCGCCUCCACCAUAUCCCGGUCUAGGUCCAAGUUCAAGUUUGACAACACCCAACAAUAGCAAUUCGGCAGUUGUUGCACCAAGCGCGAAGCCGGCACAGACUUAUAUGACGACAUCUUCAUCUGCAGCACCAGCGCCUACAACUACAUUGUCAGGCAGCAAUAAUAUAGCAAUAUCAUCCCCACUAUUGGUCAACCUGCUGCAAAACGACGGCAAUACAAUUUCAAGUCAAAUGAAGUCGCCCCAGUUGGCGGCGCCAACAACUCCGCAGUCACCAAUAGUUAGCAUGAGUCCAAGCACACAAAUGAUGAACUCCAGCUCGCCAAUGCGGUGCUCCCCAGCCACUCCUAAUGAUUUUGUCAUGGGAACCACAGGUGCACCUCUCGACAUUGGAAACGUGCCUAGUCCGGUGGUGCCCUCCUCUCCAACCGGGGUCGGGCCCGUAUUAAUGCGCAACCUGCCAAACCAACAACAACAGCAGCAACAGCAGCAGCACCAGCAGCUGCUCCUCAGUCCUAGUGGCAAUGCGAAUCUGUAUAAUCAGGUGCCCACACCACAUCGAUUUCAGCAUGCGGUGGCAUUGCGUCACCAACAGCAACAGGUACAUCAACAGCGCCAUCAUCAGAUGCAGGGCAUACACCCACGAUUUAUGCCACCCCAGCAGCAGCAGCAGUUUCUUGGGCAGCAACAGACUGAUUGCUUCAAUAAUCAAAGCGUGCAACAAUCGCAGCAGCAGUUGAGGCAGCAGCAAAUCCGAGCAGGUCUACCGCCGCCUCCACAGCAACAUCAGCGACUUAUGAGCAUGCCGUUGUCUUCGCCUCAGGCGCAGCAGUUUAUGUCUCAUGGCGGCGCUUCGCCGAUUGCCCAUUCACCUGCAUCCAGCCAUCACUCAAUGCACAGUCCGCUGAUGGCUAACCAUCAGCCUCCUUCGUCAAUGCUUUCGCCUUCGAACACGCCGAAAAGUCCACAUUCACAUCAGUUGGCGCAGCUUCAACAAAAGCAAAAAGAGAUGCAACCAAUCUCUAAUAUGCAACAUGCUCACCUUGUACCUGUAGCAGGCGCGGGCAAUGCGCAGCUGCCACCGCCUCCCGACUACAAUCAGGCGGCGGCGAAUUCGCGCUGGCCCGCGCUAAAUAAGCCGAUGGAUUCGGUUACUAAAAUCAGUUUUCAGGAAUUCACGCGCUACCAGAUGCAAUACAAUCUACAGCAACAGCAAAUUAACAACGGUCCAGCACAGACUACAGCAGCAUCUAAUACGGGAGAAAUGGUACCACCAGGAACGAUAGCACUGACAGGGGCCGGACAACGGCAGCAUCAACAGUUACCGGUACCAAUCCAGCAAUUAGGGGCAGCACAGGAAGCGCAGAAUGUUACGAACAUUACAGCCGUUGGUCAUGGCCUAAAUGAUCCAUUGAUUUCGUUGUCCGACCUCGACGCCUUAACAACCAACGAUUUAGACGCUUUAUUGCCAACUUUAAACUGUGAUCUAGACUCAACGCUGAGCCUUGAGGAUAAGAACGAGCUCGAAUCAUUGCUUCAGGAUGCCAAGGAUCUAGACUUGGACUUGAUCGAGGAUAAUUUGACGGCGGUCGGCAUGGAUGUAGGAGAUGCCCUGAGUACGCUUCAGGAUACGCCCGGAUGCAUAGAACAACCCCAGCAACCCCAGCAACAACAGCAGCAGCAACAGCAGCAGCAACAGCAGCAGCAGCAACAAACUCAAAUGUUGGACAUGCAGCCCUUCAAUCAACAGCAGUUGUUGCAGCAGCAGAGACAGCAACAAUUAACUCAAUUGCAACAGCUACAACAGCAACAACAACGUCAACAGUUGCAGCGCCAGAUUCACCUGCCUCAGCAGCAAGUGCCGCAUCGCACGCAUCAACAACAACUACUUUACAUGCAGCAGCAACAAGUUGAAAGUCCAAAUGCCCAAGUUGCUGCGCAAAAGAAACUGGCGCAGCAGCAGCAACAACAAGCACCAGGAAAUGUCCAGCAAAAGCAGUUCAUCAUAAAUCCCCAUACUGGCGAUAUGGAGCCUAUGGCUAGCGAUGACAGUGAUACGGAGGCCGAGCAAGAAACAACGCAACUUCAAUUUCGCAGCAUGUCGAAUAGCCUGAGCGGUUACACGAGCUUUAAUCCUGCCAACGACAUGUUGCUGCCGAACAACAUCUUCUCCGAGGAGGACUCCAAUUCGGCAAUUUCUGGUUCACAGCUGCCAAUAGCGGGUAGCAGUGAUCAAGAGCGUUCUCACGAUUCCCUUGCUUCCAACAAAUCUGCAUCGAAUCGUUCGAGAAAAAUGACGCAGCACAAGGCGAACCAAUGCCAGCCCACGCAAACCCAACAGAUGCAGAUGCAAAUGCAGUCCACCGCUUCCGGCGACUCUUCUCAAUCAGGCCACAGUUCUUCCCUGAUUGAUACUGCAGGAAAUAGCACUCUUGCCACCACUGGCAAUAGUAAGAAAACUAAACCAAAUCUCCUGCGCGAUAAGCUGCAACAGGGUGUGAAGGAACGCAAAGCAAAGGAUGCAACAGCAACGGCUACCCCAAAGCCAAAAAGGGAACGUGCCAAGGGAAAUGCUAGGGCUAAAACAACAGCAGUGACCGUGUCGGCAGCAGCCAUUGCAGAGGAGAAAAUCAAGCUGCGACUUAAACUGGAGAAGGUGGAUAUAGCUGCAGCGUCUUAUGAGCAUCAGCAUGUCCAAGUCAAUGCCAUAAUGGACAGCAAUCAUUUACAGCAGCACCAACUACCGACGCAGGCGAAAUUGCUGACUCUACCAGCAUCGCAGCUCCAUCAACAACAACAUCAGCAACAACAUCAGCAACAACAUCAGCAACAACAUCAACAACAACAUCAGCAACAACAUCAGCAACAACAUCAGCAACAACAUCAGCAACAACAUCAGCAACAACAUCAACAACAACAGCAACAGCAACUACAACAACAGCAACUACAACAACAGCAACUACAACAACAGCAACAACAACAACAGCAGCAACAACAACAGCAGCAGCAAAACCAUUCAGUCUAUAGCAAUUUCCAGCAUCAGCAACAAACUGAUCCACAGCAAGGUGGUGCCGUUGGACUGAGUGAGCCACGUGUUCCGCCGCUUCAGAUUCGACUUCGCGGCAAAAACUCAGUGGUUGUGAAGAAUACGCGCAAGGAGCGGAAAAAGCCUUUGGCCACUGACGAAGAUCAAAGGGCUCGCCAAAUAAAGCGAACCCUUAGCGAUCAUGAGGCACAGCAACAGCCAGCAUUAGUAAUGGACGGAGGGACGGAGAGCAAACAGUCGAAGUUGAUAUCUGCGCCACAUGUGAAUGGGCUACCCAGCUCUGGCAUUCUGCUACAAAAGAACCUACAGCCACCACCACCAUUGCCGCCGCAAUCAGUUCACCCAGCGCAACAGUUGCCAACAGGUGCUAAGACCACAACAAUUGUGGCCGGAAAGAACGGGCUUACAAUUAGUGCCAUUGUGGAGGCACACAAAUCGCAAGCCAGCGAUGGGCAUCUAGCGACCGUGGGAUCAACUAACACUGGCACCACCACGACCAUCCAGCAACAGCAGCAGCUUAGCAAGAUUGCCACCUCGUUGCCAAGUAGCAUCACUCUUAGCGCUAUCACAAGCACCAGCACCACUAACAACAACAACAACAACAACAACAAUAACAAUAACAAUAAUAAUAGUAACAAUAAUAAUAAUACUAGCAAUAGCAGUAGCAACAGUCGCGUGCUAAGCAAUAUUACCUUAAAGAAUCCCAUUAAGACUGCAGCCACCAUUACACCCAUUGUGGGUGGUAAGCCGAUGACAAAAAACCAUAAGCCGCCGCCAUACAUCACCGCUGUGCAACAGCUGCAGUUACAGAAGCAGCAACAGCAGCAGCAGCAACAACAACUGGCGGCGGCCGUUACCAUGCUGCCAAGUGCGACGACGCUGAAGCGUGUCGAAAUCACCAAACGGGCGCCGAGCAACACCGAUACAGCCACAAUAAAGGUCACCACGGCCUCGCCCACAACACCGACUGCGACUGCGACUGCAACAUUGUCAAUGAUUGGGGAGAGAAAGCUGCCCGUGGCAAUCUCGAUGAACUCGACUAUUAUUAAUAAUGUCAAUGAGAAUGCGAUUGGAAGUACAAAUGCACAUACAAUAACGUCAGGGCAUCCCAAACUAAACCAUGUGAGUCUACAAACAGUAGCGAGUACAACAACAAGCGUAACAUCGUCACCAACGCCGGCGUCUGUGCUGGCCAGCACUUUGCGCAAUUCGCCCGCCAGCAAUGGUAGCGGCACUCCCGGUCAUGGCAACAAUGGCGGCGGCGAAGACAGUGGUAUAGAGUCCAUGGAUGCGCUCUCUGAAAAAAGUCCGCAUCAGCAAUCCUCCAGCAGUCCCAUACAAAUGCAACAACAACAAUUGGUUACCAAGCAAGCAAUAAUUUCUGGAAGUGCAUCAACUACAAUAACCCAAUCUGCAGCAGUUGCCUCAACAGCAGUUCCAACAACAAGCGGCAAUAGUAAACUUCAGCAGCUGCAGAAUGCCGACGAUGAGAUUGAAAAGGCACUGGCCAAAAUGGAGGGAGACAUUCCGGAUGACUCGGAGAACAUUGUAGCCAGUGCAUCAAAGGAGACUGUAGCUGCAACUAGGGGGGCUGGCUUCCAUUUGACUACAACAAUUGCGCCAAGCACCCCGAAACUGAAUGGGGAACAUGUUAUACUUGAACACGACGAUCUCAUUAAAAAGUUAACGGAUAACAUCGAAACGGAGGAUAAAAAUAAACCGUCACCAGCAACAACAGUGCUAUUAUCAACAACUGUAAGGGAUCCAAAUACAGAAGCGGAGAUGAAAAUAGAAAAAAAUAUUUUGGAGGAUCAGCCGACGCUCUUGUCCUGUAAACCGGAGGAAACUGAAUUGCAGGACAACCGACAAACGGCUGUAACGGCUAUUAAACAGGAACCAAAGCCUGGAAUAAAUCGCGAAUCCAUUCCGGACAAAGAAGACGCGGUGGAUGAGAAAAAAGAAAAGCUAACCGACGCACUCCAACCCAUAUCAAUUGAAAUACCCCCUCAGUUGGAUACUGAAACGCCGCGGAUCAGAACACGCGCUACAAGUCGACUAGAGAGUCCAAUGGACGCUCCAAAGACCAGCCCAGAUGCACAACAACAGUCAGCUGUAGUCAUGCCAACAUCUUCUGCGACAGCAACCCCAACAUUGCCGAUUAGAAGUGCAACCCGUGUUACGCCAGUCCCGAGCCCUCGUCAGAGCACGACAACACCUGUGCACAAUAAUAAUAACACCUGUAUAAAACGUCGUCGCCAAGAGUCAGAGUGCGGCAGCAGCAAUGAUGGAACCAUCGACGCCAGUCUUGUCGGCGAGACUAGCAGCAGCAGCAACAGCGCCAAGCGUGCACGUGUCAGCAGUGGCAGCAGCAGUGGCGGCAACAACAACAAUAAUGCGGAAAUAACAGACCAAACGGGGCUCAAUUAUAUGCUAUCGAAGAAGAUCGAAAUAGAGUCUUCCGACUCGGACGAGCCACUAAUCGAGGUGGCAGGCAAGGUGCGCAAUUCAAAAGCACAGUUUGAGGAAAGGCACGUGACCAGACGUAAUGCCCAGCAACAGCAGCAACAGCAGCAACAGCAGCAGCAGCAGCAGCAACACAAAGCUCCCAGUUUGAACACUACUACAUCCACUCCGACACAGAAGACAGCCAAAGCGCAGCCCAUUGCAACAAGCAGCAACAAUAACAGUGCGACGUUGCUGACUGUCAGCAACACGGCAACAGCUGCAACAUCAAACAACAACAACAACAACAAUAACGCGAAUGUAGUGCAUGCAACACGUGGCGCAACAGCAGCCGCUGCUACCGGUGGCAAUACCAGCAACAUUACUAACAACAAUAAUGUUGUAACCACCAAUUCGCCAACAGACGAAAAAGUUGGCACGAGAAGGAGCGUCAGGGCGAGCGCUGCUGCCAACAAAAUUAUAUACAGUCGAAGCAAUGCAGCCGCUGCUGCUGCGGCUGCAGCCGCAGAGCACAAAGGGACGACGGGUAAAACUGGAACUGCGAGUACCGGAGUAGUCAGCGGAGCGGCCAAUCCCAAUACGAAUGCGAGUGUGGAGAGUGUGGCAGAAGCGCGCCGAAAAACGCGCAGUGCAGUAAUCAGCGAGUCUAUGCUGACCGAGGGACGACGAAGAAGGACUUCGCGUGAUUACAAGUGACCAGAGUUUUGCGCCUUGGCUAAGGGAAUUAAUCAGGCAAACGAUGCUGACGAGGACGAAUUGGUUGAGCUAAUCGAACUGGAUAUUCCGGAUAGGUUUGAUUUCAGCACUAGUUUCCCUUUGGACCAGGCGCAAAACGUUGAAGGCGACGUCGAGGAGGACGGCAGCGUUGAAAACGAUAUUAAAGAUGUCAAAGAGGAUCUCGUUAAUAUUUCUUCAGCGCUGACCGUUGAUGCGGUCAGCCUGCUUAUGCCAGAUUUGAGCAAUGCCACAGCCUUGGACUGCGGCAACUUUGUAGACUACGAUGAGUUCAACAUGUGUCUGAAUAACCUCCUGAGUGAGAAGGACGAUCAAAACCUCGAAAUCCGCGAUGGAAGCUCAAAUGAAAAUGUUAAUGCUGGCAAACACCAGCAGCAGCAAUGGUGUGAUGUUAGCGAGGUUCUCAACAUGGUGCCGCUUAACAACAACAUGGGAUUAAGUUUUCAGGAAUCCGUUCCGGACUUGAGCGUGACAGCCGAUGAUCGUUCUGUCGGCAGUAGCUCAUCGCAAACGGCAUAACGGCGUCGUUUUGAUAAAGAAUUGUUUACGAUGCUUUGUUUUACAGCUCUGAGCUCUGUAAAUAGCUUAAACUCACACAAGCAUACAAAAGCCAAUUCUUUUGUUUGUAAAAAGUUUUUGUAAAGGUUUUUCCUUGAAUAUUUGUAUAGUUAGUUGUAAACAAAGGUUGCAAUAAUGUUGCAUCUCUGACGAGCAGCAUCACACACAUAAAUCCAUGUUUCACUUAUUUUUUUUUUUAUUAAUUUUGAAACUACCCCUUACUAAUUGAGCGCUACUUUUCAUCAAAUAUCCCAUGGUUAAUAGAUUUGCUAGUCAAGUGAAACAGACAAUUUAUGUGAAGAUCAAAAAAUGUAUUGAACAAAUUAGAUGAAAAACAAAUAUGUGCAGAAAUGUAUAACAAAGUAGUUAACUCAAACACCCUAUAAAACGCAUGCGUAUUUUCAUUUUCUCAUCUAAGCUCUUGUAUAUACUUUAGACAUUAUUCAAAUAAAUGCAACAUAAACUCAUUUAAGAAUAUAAAUAAUUUACUACGGUUUAUCCUAAUGAUUCAAGCUUAAGAUUGCAAAACAAAUCAGACCAUACUUUUAUAUUUUUAUUUUAUUAUAUUUUAAGUAUAUGCACACGAAAUAUAGAUAUAUAGUCCUUAUAGUUUUUUUAUGCAAACGUUUGCGUUGUUUCGAAAAAAUUUGUUUUUUAGUUUUAAACGCUCAUAAUAUUAACGAAAAUUCUCUACCAAUAUAUGCACAUAAAAACCUCUGCAAUAAGUUAGUCAAGGCAAACCACGAUAAAAUAGCGUGUAGACCAGAGAGAAAUAUAUAAAAAGUGUUUGUAGUUUUGCAAAGCGAAUGAACAUAUGUCUACACUUAUAUACAAAAAAGAAGCCGUAUAUAAUGUUAUAUAUUUUGCAUACACACAAAACAAGAAACAUAAAAAAUAAAAAAUAAAAAAAAAACGAAAGCAAAA